ACCAGCCGUAUUUGCUGUUUCACUCCGAGGAUCGGAGUACACACUUUUUCCUUCGAACUUCGAUGGGUACCCCGGUACCGAUGACAGCCAGUAAUCAGAGCCCCCUUGACUGCAGAAGAGCUACCCGUCCAGUCCGGCAUGCCUGACAUGUAGCCGUCCGUCGUGCAGGGCAACGACAGUAGAGCACCAACCCCACGGAGGCAAACCGAUUGUGGCUAAUGUGGUGUACUUUUACAGUGGGUGAUAGAGUGGUGCUGGAUCAAGCGAGGCUAGACAGGUGCCUCUAGUGUUCCAUUUACUAUUGCGGUGACUAGAGUGAACCAGUGACACUGAUUUUCGGAUUUACACGCCUUGUCUGUACCGGACCGCUGAAACUAUGAGGAUUUUCAUUUUGCUUGUAUUUUCGGUUCUUAAAUUGCAGUUGAGUAGAUGUCAAAGCUUCAGAGGUGGCAGUUCGGGAAACUUUGGAUAUGAUGCUUCCUCAGCCUGUAGUAGACCCUACUCAAGAUCGGCAAGAGCACGAUUUGAAAAUCUUCCCUGUGACUUCAGACACCAGAACUGGUGCACCGUUCCUGGCAGUGCAUACCCAUGGCACGCGGUGCGUCGUUUCGUGCAAGAAAAUCAAGGACUGAUGCGACGCAUGUACGGAGAUGAGCGACACAUCAGCGUCCUAAGAGCAGAGAUAGAUAAUAACGAUGUUACCGAGGCUGAUAUCGACGACGAAUUUUUUCAGCCAGUCGAUGAUUCCACAUACUUUGAGGACGAAGACGACUAUGAAGAGUUUGAAGAUGAGGAUCAAGAGAGCGCUGCGGAGUUUGAAGAUAGAAGCUUUACAAGCAGAGCUUUCGACGACUCUAGUGGUAGAAGAAGAUUCAGCAAGUUCCCAAAAUUGGGAGAUUAUUCACGACCUCAAUUCCGGCCUACCAGUACCAGGACGACAGCAAAGUUAACGACGAGCGACUCAACAACAAAGACACCGGUUACUAAAACCGAAGAAGAAACUAUCAACAAUUCUACAGAUCAAGAGAAUGCGACGAUCGUAGAAAAAACUACAACACCGGUAGUAACUUUGGCUCAGAUUGCUAACGUGCAAAAUCUGAGCAUCAAUGAAAUUCCGGACAAACAGCCGGACAACCUAGACGUAAAAUCGGAAAAUCUCACAGAUCUGCCCGAAACUGUCAAAACGACGACCGAACGUAUGACUUCUGAAAUGGAAGUAACUACGGACUUACCAACAACUGUAAUGGUGGACCCCCUAGACGUCGAACUCGGUGACGAACCGGCCAGAAACAAUCCGAACAAAGGUCCAGGUAUCGAGCAGCUAUUUGCUGCCACAGAGCAGCACUUUAGACCGAGGCCAGAGUACAGACCACCGGAAGUGAGGCCGGGAACUGCUUCGCCAAAUGCGGGAGGACAACUGUUCCAGGACGUCGCUGCGAAAGAUCAAGCUCCGCCGAUCCUGAGGCCGAGAGGAGUAAACGCGUGUCCGGUAAAAGAAGAAGUCGUCGCACCUUUCUGGGCGAAUAACACUCGUGGCGAGGUACUCGCCCUGCUGAACCUUUAUCCGUUCGAGCAGUACGUACAUUGGGAGAAAUGCACGAACGAGAACAAGCAGAUGCACUGCCGGGAUGGGUGUAGAUGUGAACAGCAGUUCAGACUUCACAGACUGCUGGCCUAUGAUCCGAAUAAUGAGUGCCGAGGUAUCUUCAGCGACUGGUUCAAGUUUCCAAGUUGUUGCGUCUGUCGAUGUUAUGAUUUACCGGUUGAAUUUCGAGUCACGUCUCGUUCGCCAAGGGCGCAAAAACCUCGACGUAAAACCAAAAAUCAAAUGCCGUCCCAAUGGUACACGCACUGAGGACAGAUCGGGGGUCAAAAUACAGCCUACGGAACACCGGUUGGAGAAUUAUUCGGAAUACGCCACAAAGUUUUUAAAUAUAUAGUAUUAAUUGUCUGAUGUCGAGGUCAAAUUAUCUAGAAUAUUUAUUAUACGUAGAUAUUACGUUGAAUUUAGCAACACGCUGCGUGUCUGUCACUGUGAUUAAGUUUGGAUUAUGUUCAGUUUUCGGAGUGCUGAAUUCCAAAUGAGCGAUUGAGAGUUGUGAUCGAAGCCCAACAUCAGUUUAUCACUGUUCAAAUGAAGAACGGAACAAUAUGUCACUUGUAAACACACAAAUUUUCAUUUUAUGGUAAUUCUUAAAAUCGUAGCACGAUACUUAUAUUUUUCAUACUAUACUGACGAUUGAAUGUGAAUAAUAUACUUACGACAGGUUAUUGAAACAAUUAAUAAAAAAAGUGAAACACAUUCUUAAGAUUCUUUACUGUGUGUACGUUUUUGUUGAAUAUGUGUAAUCAUGAGUAGUGGACACAGUGUUACUUGACAAUCACUACACACAUACCUGAAUUCAGCAAGAAUCGACCAAACUCAGGUUGUCUACUCACUACUGCCCGUGACUACACCUACUCAUAAUUAUAACUUAUUAUAAAGCUUUCAUUUUUAUAUUGUACGAUUUAUCUUGCUUGCCUAUUAUCAAGAUACAUUUUAUUUAAGAUACGUUGACAUACGUAUGUUAUUAUAACUUACAAUUAUAUACAGUACUACAUUGUAAAUGGUUAAAAAGUACUCAGGUCACUUUGUGCGAGUGAAAUGAUUUUUAUAUUCUUCAUCGAUCUGUCAUAAAACUGAUGUAAUUUCAGUAAAAACUGACAAAAGCAUAACCGUCCAAAAAGUAGAAGGGAGAAAAGAAGUUUGGUUUUUCGUAAAAGAACGAACUUACCCUGUAUAAAACUUAAUACAUAAUAUGGGAAUUCAUGCAUUUUAUCCAAUGUGUGCGACGAACAAAAUAAAGUAACAGUUUACUAUCACGAUAGAAAUGAAAUGGAUAAGAAAAGAGAUGUUCGAAUUUGAUUUGACAUCGCAUGUCUAACGACAAAAGACCGUAAGCACUAAUAAUGCGAUUUCAGUAGCAAAAAUUCGUAUGUUUUUUUUCCACCAUUCCCAUGAACAGCGUGUGAUAGCGCUCAAAACCUUAUACCAUUACACAUGCGAUUACAACACCAAUUGGCAAAUCGGAAACUAUGUGCGUAUUUGAAAACGCUCAUGAUUGUAAUCGUUAAUCCAUUUCUUGUUAAUUCAUUACUUUGAUUUUAUUGUUUAAAUUAUGAAUAUAUAUACACCAUAUUCCUUAACUUAAUGGAUAAUAUAUAAUAACAAUAAUAUUACGAACUAAAGCUGCCUAUUGUCAUAACAGUAUUCCAUAAAUAUUCAAAUAUUUGAAUUUUUUACAAAAAAAAAAAAAUCAUCGUAGAUUCAAAUUCCGUAUGUUAUAAGGUACCGAAA